UGUUCCGGAUUAGCGGCUUACAUCGGGCGGAGUCUCACUUGCAUGGCAGUUGCCUUCGUCUUCUCCAGUUUCUCCUCUUCGUCUUGUUCUCGUCUUUCUUUUCUUUUCCCCGCAGGAAACCUCUCACUCUGUCGUCCGCUCGAAACACGGUCUCGCCCGACACAACGCGUCGCUUGCUGCUCCUCGAGCUGAGGUUACACCAGUUCACAUGAUCCUGGGCAAGUGCGGGGUGAAGCGUAGCCUCAGGUCAUGGCUUCCGUUUCAAGAUUACGCAGUUGCCCAAUAUGUCUCAAUCUUGAAGCGGGAAGGUGUCAAGUAGUAGACGCGAACAAGAUUUUCAAGGUCGCGGAACAAGAUUGCCAAGGCUGUACAGUUGUCCGCAAAGCUCUCGAACCUUACACUAGGUAUAUCGAAAACAACAGUACAGUUAAGAUGACUAUGUACUCGCCAACACUACAUAUUUGCCUUAGGCGGAGGAAAAAUGUGCAUGAACCGUUGAUCGUAGAGCUCGAAAUUGGAGACAUAUCGGCUACGCCUAUUAUCGCCUCUUUCCCAGCGUUGUCUGUAAAUCCCUCACCGUGGAGUUGUAUAAGCCCAUCAUCGAAGAUCUCUGGUAACACAGGCUCUAAUAAAGCAGUCUCUUGGGCACGCGCAUGGAUUGAUGAAUGCUUGAAUGAGCACCACGAAUGUUACUUUGCGUCUUCUUCACUACUACCCACUAGGGUGUUGCGUAUUGACGGAAUUGACGAUGUUAGACUUUACAUUCCCGACAACGAGAUUGCCUCCUAUGCCUGUCUGAGUCACUGUUGGGGAAAAGAACCUUUCAUCACAACAACAACUUUGAACUUGCAGAUCCAUCAAUCCGGCAUACCAUGGAACGAUCUACCAAAAACAUUCCAGGACGCUAUUUCCUUUACUUAUCGUCUUGGACUUAGGUACCUCUGGAUUGACAGCUUAUGCAUCGUACAGGAUUCGGUUGAGGAUUGGCGCCGAGAAGGAAGUAGCAUGUCACGGAUAUAUCAAGAUUCAUAUGUCACCCUUGCCGCCACAAAAUCGACUGGAGCUUCUGCCGGCUGCUUUGCUGCUUCGCAUCCUAAACAUAUAUCCCGUACAAUAACCAUUCGAAAUUCAAAAGGGGAGCCAUGUGAUAUCCAUGGCCGGGUACCACUGGACCAUCAAACGACAAGUCGACCACUUGACGAGAGAGGUUGGGCAUUCCAGGAAAGUGUGCUUUCUACACGCAUGAUCAGUUUCUUGGAGCAAGAAAUAACGUGGGAGUGCCCUCAACGUUUCGAUUGCGAAUGUUCCCGAAUAUCGCACGAACUCGGGUGGUCCUACAGUUACGCCAAGCACAAAAAGAAUAUCCACGUUUUGCUCAGUGGUUUGGAACAGGACCGCUGGGAAGAGAUUGUGACACAAUAUACGAGGAGGUCGUUGACAUUUUCUAACGACAUUUUUCCUGCUCUACAGGGCCUAGCAAAGAAAUUCCAGCCAACCAUGGGCGAUUAUCUAGCCGGUCACUGGAGAACAACAUUGGCGCAGAGCCUUGCUUGGGUAGUGGACUAUGGCAAACCGAACUGCAAGAGACCAUGUGAAUGGCGUGCCCCAACGUGGUCAUGGGCGUCGGUUCAAGGCAAGGUGAAGUGGCUCGGAUCUAGCGGAAAAACAGCGACAGCUACCAUUCUCAGCGCGAAGACGGUUCCAAGCGGAACGGACCCUACGGGACAGCUUUCCUCUGGAUCAUUGACCAUUAGGGGAAAAUACCUGAACGGCAGAAUUACUUACAACAACAAGCCUGAACACAAUUUUUCACUGCGGGACAUCAGGGUAUCGUAUGCGUCUCUUGCUUUCGGAGAUGCUCACGAAGAGUUGAACACACACGGGACGGAAGAUAGUGAAGUCUGGUGGGACUACACGCUUGAAAACGAAGGAUCUGACCAUGUUGCAAACCACUCCGCGGUCCUAGUCUUGGACGUGAGCGAGAGUGAAGGUCAGUAUCGUCGAAACUGGCUCAUACUAAGAAAAUUGGAUGGUCGGGAAAACACAUACACGCGCAUUGGCUUACUUCAUAGCAAAUUUCUGUCCAAGUCUUGGUGUCUGGAGCAGGAAUAUCUUAGACGCAAUGUUGACAGUCCUGUCUACAAUCCUGUCAGUCCUCGCUAUAGUCCUCCCUUCAUAGCCAACAACAGUUCCCAGUGCAGUCCUCCCUUGAUACCCGACAACAGUUCCCAGUGCAGUCCUCCCUACAGUCCUAUCAGCAGUCCUGUCCCUGAGGGCAAGUUUGACUACGAUCCCAACUACGAGUCUGACUACACUGACAACGGACCCUCGGACAUGGAGCUGAAAAUGGGAGCCAUGUACGAGAGCGCUACAGAGGAGAUAAUAGUCACAAUAAUAUAAGGUCUUUUCAAAGAGUUUGUAUACCAUGUUCGGAAACAGCUACAGGCUGCUUGGGAGAAAAGAUUCUCAUAAUAUAUCAAUAGCAUCACAUCGAUAUGUUGAUCUGUCUGUACUUCAAUUCCUCCCAAUCACGCAUGCAUCCACCACCCGCUUCUCAAAGCAAAAGUACAGCGUCCCCUCACUUCUCUCCAAGGAACUUGUCUGCGCAACGCUUUUGUCGUGGAUACAUCAUAUCUCCUUCCGUACAGUGCAAGUCUAGACUUUUCCAACCACCCAUCCCAUCAAGGAGUGGACGUGCGUUUUCGAACUUACGUCCCUGGUCCAUAGAUCAAUCCGAAACCUCGUACGGAUAGUCAAAGCUUGAUCGAAACACCGCUAUGUUUUU